GAGGGCGGAAGGUCUCUCGCGAUACUUCGAGCAGCUGACGUCUAUAGUAGCAGAGCAAGGGGGAUUUGACAUAUGUCAACAAAGCUGAUAAAUUAAUCACCAAAGCCCCCCCCAGGUCCCUGCAGCAGGUAUGUAAGCGGGGCUCCGUCGCUGCAUAUCUCUCUCUCCGCCCGGUUCUCCACGGCCCCGCCCCCCAAACCCCGCCCCCCAACCCCCCCCCCCCAACCCCCCCCCCCCUCCGGUGUCUCGAGUCGACGCCGCGGUUCCCAUGACGACGCCGCCGCUAGUCACGGCUGUGUUCGCCGCCCAGCAGCAGCAGCAGCAGCAGCAGCAGCAGCAGCAGCAGCAGCAGGCGGGGCGGGACGUGAACACGGCCUCCCUGUGUCGCAUCGGCCAGGAGACGGUGCAGGACAUCGUGCUCCGGACCAUGGAGAUCUUCCAGCUGCUGAGGAACAUGCAGCUGCCCAACGGGGUGACCUACCACCCCAACACCCACCAGGACCGGCUGGGCAAGCUGCAGGAGCACCUGCGCAUGCUGUCGGUGCUGUUCCGCAAGCUGCGGCUGGUCUACGACAAGUGCAACGAGAACUGCGCCGGCAUGGACGCCACGCCUCCAGAGCUGCUGAUUCCCUACGUGGAGGAGGAUGGCUCCAAGCAUGAGGCCCGCCCGGCCGGCCCGGGCCACGCCCCCAGCGAGGAGCGCCGGGAGAUCUUGGAGGUCAACAAGGUAGGCCCUCCGCCGACAGCCCCCCCGCCUGGGGUGAGCCUCACUGGGAACGCUCACUGGGAACGCUGGCUGGGAACGCUCACUGGGAACGCUCACUGGGAACGCUCACUGGGGUGAGCCUCACUGGGAACGCUCACUGGGAAUGCUCACUGUGGUGAGCCUCACUGGGAACGCUCACGGGGAACGCUCACUGGGGUGA